AUGAAAUCCAAUAAAAAUCAUGAUCCCGAUUUUUGUUUUGGUGAAAGAUAUUCCGAUCGGUAUGGAACUUCUUUUAGAUCCCUGAUACUAAUUGAUUCAUGGCUAUCAAGAUCAGCAUUCUCUUCAUUGGGAUCAUCAAAGAUAUCUAUGGUUGGAACAACCAAUCCAAACUAUUGUUUGGAUAGUUUAUCUCCAGGGAUGGCCAAUGAAGCAUUUGGAAACUCUGCCAUCAAUGAAGUUUGGGGUAGAGGGUGUAAUGACAUUCAAUCGAAAUAUUUCAACAAACUGGAUCAAGACUUCAUUUAA